AUGAUUUUAGUUGACGACGAGGGUAUGCGACUCAGUGCCUUCGUUGAUUUCGAUUGUGGUAGACAGUUCUGUCACCAACUGAUGGAGGGAAACUCUUUACGGAUAUCGAGAUUUGGAUUAAUGGAAUCCCGUGUAAAAUAUAGGCCAAUUUAUCUACCGUUUGGAUUGCAAUUCUUACCCGAGACUAUUAUUAAAGAAUUGGAUCUUUCUGAUAAAGUGCCUCGGAAUAAAUAUUUGAAAUCCUUUCCUCGAAUACUUUCCCCACGAUCUAAUAAGCGAUAUUUAUUCGACGUUAUUGGUCAGAUUAUAUGUAUUCAUCCAUUAAAGAAGGUACCUUUUAAUGGGAUCAUGAUUAGUCGGCUCAAUAUAGAAUUGAGAGACAACGUGGAUUCGCGUUUGACGUGUAUUUUAUGGGAUGGAUAUGCGGAUGCUUUCACCGAAUAUGCGAGGACUAAUAUUACCUCUUACGUCGUAUGUUCUUUAGUUAUUUCGAAUUACUUGGCUGCAUCUAAAAUACUCAUUGAUCCAGAAACACUACAAAACGGGUUUAUUAAUUCUUUGUUACGUGGUGAUGAGAUUGACUUAACUCCAAAUGAUACUAUUGAUCAGAGUAAUAUUACCGAUGUUUCUUUACACGAUGAAUUUUUCAAUCUCAAUCCUCGGAUGAACAUCCGUCAAGCUAUUUAUGCAGAUAAGGAGGGAUCAUUUGUCGUUAUAGUUAACGUUGAUUUUGUUGAUAAACUCAAUCCUUGGUAUUAUCAUUCUUGCAAAAUUUGUAAGAGUAAGGUGUUGCCUUAUUUGAGAGGUUCUAAUGCCACUGAACCACUUAUAUACCAUUGUGAUAAAAUCUGCAAACAUGAUGUAUAUGACGUUGAUGUGAGGUAUUUUUUAAUUUUACAAGUCUCCGAUCUCACCGGCGAGUCUAUCAGGGUACUAUUCUUAGAUGGUAUUGCACAAUCUCUUUUUUGUGUUAGUGCUAAGGAUCUACUCGACAGUAUCAAUGAGAACGAUGAAGCUGUUUUACCUAGCACUAUUAAGGGUCUCGAAGGGAAAGAAUUUCUCCUUAAGCUUGGGAUAUCUGAUGAUAAUGUCAAAGCACGUGGCGAAAACUAUAUUGUUAGAAGAUUUUGCGAUGAUGUUCAUAUGAUCAACAUGUUUAGAUCGUUAUAA